CGAAUUUGGCUAGACCGGAGUGGUCGAGGUUGGGCUGUAGCUGGGCUCGGCUUUCUCAACUACGGUUAGACGUAGGAGAUGGAACUUGAGGUUUGGAUGAAAGCGAGCUUUGCAAUCUGUAUCUAAGUAUCAGUCCUGAUUUCGUCUAGUGAGAUCAAGGUCUGAUCUAAUGCAAAGAGCACGAGGAAUGAGCAGGCCGGUCAGUGGUAUUCGAUCUAAUAAAGCACCCGCGGGAGAUGCGGUGCGGUACGAUGCAAGCGCCGAUGGAGAGAAGGUUUUCGUCUUCUCUUCUCUCCUCCACUCUUUGCUGUCAAUUAUUUUUUCUUUUCUUCUUUUUUUCUCUCUUCUCGGGGCCCCGAAAGUUGUCUGGAGGUCAGGUAUCUGGUUCACAAGGUUCUGACUGUGCUAUGGGGGUGGCGGGGUGAGGGG